AAAAGAUCUUGACAAAAACGACCUAUUUUGUCAUCAGAAUCUAAGCCCUCUUCCAUGGUGGAACACUUCAAAGAUUUCCUGUCAAAUACCUUCUCUUCUUUCUCUAUAUAACACCCACCACCUCUCCCUUCAAGCCCCCCUUCCUCUUCUCUCUUUUCUGAUCGUCCAUAUUCUUCAGUUGCUUUAUUCUUUUUUUUUUUUCUGAAAUUUUCUUGUUUUUAUUAUUCAUAAAGUAUGAAGGAGAGUGGUAGAAAGCAAGGUACACUGUCGCCAUGCGCUGCAUGCAAACUUCUGCGGCGGAGAUGUGCUGACUGUGUUUUUGCACCUUAUUUUCCAGCCGAUGAGCCUCAAAAGUUUGCCAGUGUCCACAAGGUGUUCGGUGCCAGCAAUGUUAACAAGAUGUUACAGGAACUUCCAGAGCACCAACGCAGCGAUGCAGUGAGUUCAAUGGUGUAUGAAGCCAAUGCAAGAGUGAGAGAUCCAGUGUACGGUUGCGUUGGAGCCAUUUCUUGUUUGCAGCAACAGAUCGACUGCCUGCAAACUCAACUGGCGCUUGCUCAAGCUGAAGUCGUGCAAAUGAGAAUGUGGCAAUUUGCUUCGGAAGCCGCCAACGCUGCUGCUGUUGUUUCUUCCCCGGCAGCCAAGUCCUUCUUCUCCAUGGACAUGCAUGUCGAUCAACCAGAUAUUAAUGGAGGGCCUUUAUGGUCAUGCUAAUUAAUUAAUUGCCCUCGCUAGGAUCAAUGGUGGCUUGCAUGUGCUUUAUUGUCUUCCUUUCUUUUGUUUCUUUAAUUUCGUUUUUCACAUCUUUACUUAUAUAUAUAGCUAUAGCUAUAUGUUGACCACUGAGAGAUGAUGAUCAUGAUGAUGAUGAUCCUUGACCUUAUUGUAAAUAAUUAAUUAAAUCUUAAUAUAUAGUUAUAUGUUUAUAUGAGUUAUCAAUUUA